AUGGCCAACGUCUCGAUCUCCAAUGAAAAUUUUAGUGAUUUCCAGGAUGAUCAGUUUCAUCUUAAUGGAUAUGAGGGAGGUGUAGUGGUCAAUGGCAUCGAAGAUCCUUGGUUUGAACAUAUAGAUUAUGUAGAUAUUGAUUCUUUUUACUCCAUGUUUGGCCCUAACAAUGAAGAGGAUACAUCUGAUCUACAAGUUAGAAUCAACUUACUGGAAGAUCAGCAACAAAGUAUAUUAGAUUGGAUGCAAAAUCACUUCCCCACCAACACAGUCAUGCCCUUGCAACCUGUCCAAAUCCAAUCCACUGUUGAAAUACCAGGCAAUGAUGAUCUCCAGACUCAAGUACCAGAACGUGGUAAAGACAGCAAUGAAAAACCAAAUCCAUUUUCUUUAGCAUCUUUGGAGCUACUGAAGAAUUAUGGCAGACUCAGCAAGAAUUCGAGCGAGGAAAAUUUGAGCACUAAUGCAUUAAACUUUGAGGCUUGUUUAGGUAAUCGCCACAGGUUGUCAAUGGAAGAAAUCUUGAGGGUUGCUGCAGAAAGGUACAUACAGUACUCCACUAGAAAGCUAGAUGGUCUUUCUAGGUUUAUCCACCCUUAUGGUUCGGCACUCUCAGGCCUUUGUAUGGAGGAAACAAGGGACGUGGAACUUGUCCACCACCUUCUAGCAGCAGUAGAAGAAGUAAAUAACCAGCAAUUCCAUCUAGCUAGCAAACUGAUUUCUCGUUGUAUGUGGGUGGCAUCAGAUUCAGGUACUCCGGUCCAGAGACUUUCUUUCUAUUUUGCUAAAGCUUUAGAGGAAAGGAUUCAUCGAUCAACUGGGAGAUACACAUGUACGGAUGAAGAUCGCCACCUCAAAUAUAUAAAAACUAAGUCAUUGGGUACCAACGCUACCUCCUUGACCUGCCACCAACUAAUUCCCUUCAAUCAAGUGAUGCAAUUUGCAGCAGUUCAAACAAUUGUUGAAAACGUCAAAAGUGCGAAAAAGAUCCAUUUGAUUGAUUUUAAUAUCAGAAGUGGAAUUCAGUGGAUAGUCUUGAUACAAGCUCUUGCAGAAAAAGGUGACAGUCCAAUUGAGCUUCUCAAAAUAACUGCAGUUGGAAGCACAGAGAAAGAGAACUAUGAAGUAACAGGCAACACAUUACACAGUUUCGCCAAGUCCUUAGGUCUGCCAUUUUCAUUUGAUAUAGUUUUUGUCUCGGACAUGAAAGAUUUCAAGAAAGAAUCAAUCAACAUUGAAACAGAUGAAACUGUCGCUGUUUAUCUGAACUUUAUAUUGAGGACAAUGAUACCAAGACCAGAUUGUUUGGAUAAUUUGAUGAAAGUAGUCAGAAGUAUUAGACCAACAGUUAUUGUUGUUGGUGAAGUCGAAGCAAACCAUAAUUCACCAUCAUUUUUAAACCGCUUUAUUGAGACACUUUUCUUUUACAGUGCAUUUUUUGAUUGCUUUGAGGACUGCAUGGAUCGAGACAGUCCAUGUCGAACAACGAUUGAAGAGGUGUAUUUUGGUGAAGGUGUUCGGAACAUCGUGGCAGCUGAAGGUGAGGAUAGGUUCACCAGGAAUGUGAAGCUUGAAGUAUGGAGAGCAUUCUUUGAAAGGUUUGGUAUGAUGGAAGAAGAGCUUAGUGAAUCAUCUUGGUAUCAAGCUGAUCUGAUUCUCAAGCAAUUUGCCCAAAGCAGUUCUUGUGAUCUUCACAAGGAUGGGAAAGGCCUCAUUAUUGGAUGGAAGGGAACUCCAAUUCAUUCUCUAUCCAUUUGGAAGUUCUUGUAAGAAAAAAAUUUGCCUUGUUGAGGAAACAGAUACGAUGCUUAAUUGGUCAGUUCAUUUGUACACCAUCAGCCUCUGUAGCUGGUAUGACCAUAAGGCAUCUCCAAGCUACAUAAAUCUAGA